AUGACAGAAUACAAACUCGUAGUAGUUGGUGAUGGUGGUGUAGGCAAGUCAGCCUUAACCAUUCAGCUGAUUCAGAAUCAUUUUGUUGAAGAAUAUGAUCCGACAAUUGAAGAUUCCUACCGCAAGCAGGUUGUAAUCGAUGGUGAAACUUGUCUACUGGAUAUUUUGGAUACUGCAGGACAAGAAGAAUAUAGUGCAAUGCGAGAUCAGUAUAUGAGGACUGGUGAAGGCUUCUUGCUUGUAUUCGCCGUUAAUGAAGCAAAAAGUUUUGAGAAUGUUACUCAGUAUCGUGAUCAGAUUCGAAGAGUACCGAUGGUGCUCGUGGGCAACAAAUGUGAUUUGGCGCAAAGGACAGUAGAAUCACGUGCUAUAUUGGACGCAUCUCGCUCACUAGGAAUGCCUGCAGUGGAGACGUCUGCCAAGACACGUAUGGGUGUCGACGACGCAUUCUAUACGCUGGUUAGGGAAAUACGCAAACAUAAAGAAAAACAGUGUAUCAAACCGCGAAAAAAGCGUAAAUGCGUAAUUAUUUGA